AUGGCCGGGCCGGGCCGCGCCUGCGGGGCCGGGGGGGCGCGGCCGGGCGCGGGGGCGCGCGGGGGCGGGGCCGGGGCGGGGCCAGCGCCGGCCAAUCGGGGGCGGGGCCGGGCCUGGGGGCGGGACCGGGGCCCGUACCGGGGCGGGGGCCGGAACUGGGGCGGGGUCGAAGGGAGGAAUCACGGCGGGGCCUGUGGAGGCGGGACCGGGGGCUCCGUGGGGCGGGACCGGGGGCUCCGAGAGGCGGGACCGGGGGCUCCGAGAGGCGGGACCAGGAGUUCCGUGGGGCGGGACCGGGGCUCCGUGGGGCGGGGGAAGAACGCCGGGGGCGCGGCCCGCUCCGGGACCCCCGAGGCUCCUCAGGAGGGGCCCGGGCAGCGCCGGGCGGCGGCCGCGGGCGGGCGCCCUUUGCCCGGGCCCGGCGGGGCCAUAGAGCAGGGAGCAGCCGCCGCCGCUCGGGCAGAGGCCGUGGGGCGGCCGAUAAGGGGCCGCGGCCUUGUCCCUGCGCCACGCCUGGGGCACACGGAGCCUUAG